UGCGAUAUGGUCACACUGCGCCACACUCAUUAAAAGACACCCAAAUUGAAAAUAAAAAAAUGGAAAACCAUCGCUUGCCGCUCCCGGAAUUGCACGACGAUAAGCACAGACACAAGCAAUGCAAUGGCGAUAACAGCAACCGCUUCCGUCCACCGAAGUACAAGACGCGCGGCUAUAUUGCGGUGGACAACAACAAUCUGAACCGUAGCCAGUCGCUGGGCUCCUGCAGCGCCAACAGUUCCCAGGUCGCCCACGCCAUCUCCUUCCGGGGAUCGGAAUGUGCGGACGCGAGUACUCUGCCACUUUCACCAGUGCCAUCAGAACUGAGCGAUGGGAACAGCCACUUUGAGCAGUGCUUUGAGCGGGUGGCCAAACUGGGCGAGGGAUCCUUUGGCGAGGUGUUUCAGGUGCGAGAUCGUUCUGACGGUCGGCUCUACGCCGUGAAGAUCUCCAAGCAGCUGUUCCGUGGCGAACAGUACCGCGCAGAGCGACUGGAGGAGGUCCGGCGGUACGAGGAGUUCUCCGGUCACGAGAACUGCAUCCGCUUCAUACGCGCAUGGGAGCAAUACGACCGGCUGUACAUGCAAAUGGAGCUGUGCCGUGAGAGCCUGGAGCAGUACUUGCUGCGCUGCCAAAGGAUACCCGAGGAGCGCAUCUGGCACAUACUGCUUGAUCUGCUGAGGGGCCUGAAAUCGCUGCACGACCGAAAUCUCAUCCAUCUGGACAUCAAGCUGGACAAUGUGUUGAUCGGCGAGGAUGACGAAACGUGCAAGCUGGCCGACUUUGGCUUGGUCAUCGAUGUGGACAAGGCCAAUAGCCAUCAUGCCACCGAGGGCGAUUCCAGGUACAUGGCUCCGGAGAUCCUGCAGGGUCACUUCUCCAAGGCGGCGGAUAUCUUUAGCCUGGGCAUCGCCAUGCUGGAGCUGGCAUGCUACAUGGAACUGCCCUCGAAUGGGCCACUGUGGCACCAACUUAGAAACGGCAUCCUGCCCGAGGAGUUCAUAAACAAAAUAUCCCUGGAGCUGCAGUCGGUGAUCAAGUCCAUGAUGAUGCCCGAUCCCACUCGGAGACCAACAGCAGAUCAACUACUCUCACAUCCCAAGCUGCAGCGCCUGCAACAGAAGCGCAAGUCGCUAAUGAGCCUUAGUAUGCUGUCGCGGAGCAUUCGGCGAUCUCGUCGAGCCGUCUGGGGAAAAAUGUGCAAUUGGAAAACGGCAGCCUUCCGUUAUUUUCUCUAUUUCCUUGAGGCCCUGCAUCUGUGUAAGCCCAUCGGCCCCUCGCAGCCCAGCAUGAAUCCUGUUCCCUCCUCGCCCUCGUCCAAAGGCGUGCCUCUAGUGCCACGGGUGGAAUUCCAGCUGGUAGGAUCCACGCCCAUUGCCAAUCGCGAUUGUUACGCCUCAGAUUUUCUUGUCGGCGAGGAUCCACUGGAGCUGUCCAAUCAUGGUACCCCCAUCGUAAUGAAUUCCACGCCACUAAACACCAAUCAAGGAAAAUCCCGCAUGGACUUGUUGGGAAAGAAUGUGGACUCAUUGAGCAGGUUUGUUAAGGUUCAUGAUUUCGAAAGUCCCUGCUCCGCCCUGUCUUCCCCCAAGGUCCUCGACCCUUCCUCGUUCCGACGCAAAAAACUGUUCGACGUGGAAUUUGACGACGAGUGAGUAAGGAGGGCACCGAUAAAUGGAAACUCAAUGAAUUUAUCAUACAAAUAAUCUACAUAUAUCAGUUACGGAACAAAUACCAGAUACAUAUGGCAACCGAAUAUAUCGUUAAAUAUAUUUAGCUUAGUUCUAGACAGUAGAGUUGUACGAAGUUCCCUAGAUGUAGUCUUACAAUUGUGUAAUGUUAAUGCUUCUUUAGAAGAACUUGUUGAACUUGAACAUAUAAUCAUGUGAUAUAUAUACGAAAAGCGAUUUGAAAAGUUUGAAAAAAUAAAAACUAGUAAUUGAAAUUA